AUGCGUCCGAGCCUCGGUGUCCUUCGAAUCCUCCUCCUCCAGCUGGUCUUUGACAACAACAUGAUCAGAGCUGCCGCCAUGAAAGCUACUGCAGACACCGUAUUUCGCCUAUCCGGUCUCGGUGCCGGAGGCGCAGGCCCUAUCCUGGUCGGCCAGAGUAUCCCCGUCCGGCCUGACGCCGGCGCGCACGACAAGGGCACCCCUCGCGAGGCCUGGGGCCUCAAGUCCGGUCUCUACACGCCCCGUCAACUAGUCGAAGGCUUUGCGCCACUUCUGGACACGGUUGUAUUCCGGCUAGGCCCAGAUCCACCAAACGCCAGACCAGCGCGGGCGCAACUGCUUGACAACCUAGCCGCUAAUCUUGACAUCAACACCCGAGAAGCCACUCUGCGCUUCCCCGACACUGAUCUUGAUGACUCCCGCCGAGAAAUCGCUGAGCAGGCCAGACGUAUUGGAAAGACGCUCGUCCAGUACGCGCGCAACCACACAGGCGGCCCAUUCAAUCCCGACCUCUACCUUCGCAGCCCCUGUGAGGGCCAUCUGCUCAUCCCGCCCAAUGUCGACCUAAUGUUUGGCCGUCGCAGUCAGUCGCAUCUGAUGCAGCUAUUCAACGAGUACAUGCACCAGAUGGUCCUCCUGCGUGACGCCCUGCUGCCGUUCAAGAACUACGAGGAUGUGAUCAUCCCUGUUGAUGGUCGAGCCGCUAGAGGCAUCCGGCAUCUUGAGCCAUCCCGGUCGGAGUUUCUCACCCACCUUCUGACCAAGGAGGUCACCCAAUCGGCAAUCGUCAAACAUGCCCAGGCUCUCCUUGCUCCGGGCCUUCUGUCUCGUUCCGGCCUGACUUCGCCCAAGGCCAGCCCCGGCUACGGCUUCCAAUAUGCCCAUGGCCUGGUCCUGCCCGCUUUCCUGGCCGGUGGGCCAACUCCGUUCCAUCUUCUCCAGUAUAUCCCUGCCAAGCUGGUCGACGACGCAUCCAAAGGUGUCAUCUUCGACUACCGAAUCCAGGACUACUAUCUGGCGCCUCGCGUCGAGAUCCCCGCCGGCACCGAGAAGCCUUCAGUGCUUCAGUCCCAGAGAUACCCUGAGGCCAAUGGCUGGGGCACACCAGCACUCAGCGUACAAAGCACCAGCAUCGGAGUCGUCCCACCGACACCCGACUCGACCUCGUCAUCCCAAGCGGUCCGGCAGCUCGAAUUGCAGCUCCAGCUCGACAACGGCAAGUGCGUCUCCGUUGACCUGGGACAGGUUGCGCGUGGCCAUCGCUACGCCUACCGGGCAUCGAGUGCCAGUGAAUCCGCGACAUCAUCCAACGGUAUGCACGGCGCGACAUCCACCGUGGUCCACGACGCCGCAUCCGUCCUCCUGGAGACGGGGCACGAAGACGGCCUCGUUACAGCUCAAAAUGGCGGUCUCCAUGUGAUUCCCGUGCAAGACCCGGUCGUUGCUCUGGCGCUUCUGGGGAAGAUCUACCCGGAGAACGUGGUCCUUCUGCCGGAGUCGGAAGGCUUAGCGCAGGCGGAGAAAGCUGGGAAGGGACUGGAGCCGAAGUUUGUUCUUUGGGGCGGCGUUGAGCGUGGUGGUUUACGGGGAAAGUUUUAG